GGAAUGUAUUGCGGUGGUGGCGAGGAAUCGACGAAGGCAUCGAUCGAUACUCGCGAGGGAAAGUUGUUACUUUUCCGCGUGUCCGACUGUGAAUCGUCGGGUGUUCGUCGUAACACGGAUUUUCGUCAGGUUCGUGUGAGCGCUCCUUUUGAAAUCCGCGAUGACGACUUGAUCAACGUUUUGAACAUGAUCGGUCGCAAGUGUUACAAAAAGUUAAAGGGUUCGGAAGGCAACGCGAUGACGUGUUUACGCGGCUCGACGUUGUGCGCAAGAUUGGACGACGAAACGAUAUUUUUUAACGAGAAGGGAGAACGUGUGGGCGAUCGUGAAUUUCGCGACCGUCCAUUUGCGGCGAAUCGAAUCGUGAUAAGAAUCGAAAGCGUCUUCGCAUGCGGGGAGACGGUAACGAUUCAAAUGAAAUUACACGAGGUUCACGUGAAACCCAAAGUGUACGAAGAGGAUAGCGAUGAGGAUUAUUAA